AUGGCGGCCGGCGAGUCGAAAGACGAACGCGACAAACGAGUCGCCAAACUCUUUGAAUCCCUGGAUACCCGAAAAGAGGGUCAUAUUGACUUGACUGGGUUAAAGAAAGGCUUGAAAAAGAUCGAUCAUCCGCUUAAAAAUGCAGAUGAGAUGGUCCUCAGUGUCGUCCGGGAGGUCGACACUAAUGGCGAUGGUCGUAUAGACCUAGCUGAGUUCCGAGCAUUCCUCAACCGUACCGAGGACGGGUUAUGGAAGAUGUUCCAGACCAUUGAUCGCAACAACAAUGGAGAGAUCGACAAAACGGAAUUACGAAAUGCGUUUUCACGUUCCGGAGUCACGGUGUCGAGCGCCAAGUUGGAUCGAUUCUUUGACGAAGUCGACAGAAACAAUGAUGGGGUAAUCACAUACACGGAGUGGAGGGACUUCCUCCUCUUCCUUCCUAUCCAGUCCCCGACCGACCUUCACGCAGUCCUCUCUUACUACACGGCCACGGGCAAUCUAAACCCGGAAGGAGAUGUCCACAUCAAUGACCUGCAGGGUUUAGGUACAAACCAUCCGUUUCUUACAUCCCAUAUCAUGGCCAUCCAACACCUUUUGUACAAUAUCUUAUCCCUCCCCGCCUUGGCCUCCCUCCUUCCUUCAGCACAUGCGCAAACCAGCCACACCUCAAAGUUGGGACCCGCCUUCGAGGACGAAUUUGUCUCGAUAGACGGCGACUUCGACUUGGAGUGGUUGCAUCUUCCCCAAACUACCGCCAUGCGGAUGUUUUGUCGAUAUUAUGGACGGAAGUUGACCGAGAAUACCCCACAAUUAGGCUACUUCCUUGCAGGUGGGAUUGCGGGUGCAGUCUCUAGGACGGCCACCGCUCCCCUCGACCGUCUGAAAGUUUAUCUCAUUGCACAAACUGGUGUUAAAGAUGCAACGAUCCGUGCGGCAAAGGACGGAGCGCCGUUGGCAGCCGCGGGAAAUGCUUCUAGAACAUUGUUCGAGGCACUGAAAGAAUUAUGGCGGGCUGGAGGAAUUCGGAGUUUGUUCGCAGGUAAUGGAUUGAAUGUAGUGAAGGUCAUGCCUGAGUCUGCCAUCAAGUUUGGUGCCUACGAGUCUGCGAAACGAGCAUUCGCACGACUUGAAGGACACAAUGACCCUAAGCGGCUCCUUCCCACUUCUCAAUUCAUGUCCGGUGGCUUUGGUGGAAUGGUUGCUCAAUGUUUCGUCUAUCCCCUUGAUACCCUGAAAUUUCGCAUGCAGUGUGACACCGUGAAAGGCGGCCCGAAAGGCAACCAACUCAUCGCAGCCACCGCCAGGAAGGUGUGGAAUAAGAAUGGCUUGGUCGGCUUCUUCCGGGGACUCCCCCUUGGCCUUGUGGGCAUGUUUCCCUAUGCCGCAAUCGACCUGUCAACGUUUGAAUAUCUCAAACGGACCCUUCUCGCUAAAAAGGCUCGUGACUGUGGUUGCCAUGAGGAUGAUGUACCCCUCGGUAACUUCUCAACCGGCGCGAUUGGCGCUAUCAGUGGAGCAUUCAGCGCCUCGAUCGUCUACCCCCUCAAUGUUCUCCGCACACGACUCCAAACCCAGGGCACAAUCAUGCACCCGCCUACAUACAGUGGAAUCGGAGAGGUUCUACGUACAACCCUCAAAUCCGAAGGUCCCCGUGGUCUUUAUAAAGGUCUCACUCCCAAUCUCCUCAAGGUGGCACCUGCCAUGUCAAUCAGCUACGUGGUCUACGAGAACGCGAAACGCAUGCUUGGCCUGCGAUGA